GAGUAAACGCAAUUAAGCCAAUUACCUGUAAUUGUGAAUUUUGGCUAAAAUAAACAAAAAUUAGAUGAUAAUAAAUUAUAAAUAUUUUAAAUCAAUAUUUAAAAUUAAAAAAAAAAUUCAAGCUAAAUUGUGUCCUAAUUAAUGGUGUUCAAAAUAGAAUUAUACAAAUAUUUGUUUAAAUUAUAUAAAUUUUGUAAAAUUGGCAAGUGCAGUGUUUUGAUAACAAAGAAAAUAUUUCAACAAAAAAAUAAAAAAAAAAAAAAAAUAUUUUAAUUUAUAACGUAAUAAAAAAGUGAAAGGUUCAUUUCCAAUACAAAAAGUGGGAGUUUGGUGCAUAGCUGUCAUUAAUUCAAAGUAAAUUCCGUGGAUGCUACCAGUACAUUAAAAAAACACUGAGGAUUACAAUGGAAAUAUGUUCGCAGAAUAUUUAACAAGACAAGAAGAAGAAAAAGAAUGUCCAGCGAUAAAAACGGAAAAGCUUAAAAUUACCGAGAACCAAGUGUCAGAAGCUGUCGUUGGCUUUGAGUGAAAAAAAUUACACACCGAGUUCGGUACAAAAACAGGAAAAAAAUAAAAUAAAAAAAUCCAAGAGAUAUUGAAAGGUAAAACAUAUCCGGACAUUAUUCCACGUACAUACACUUUAUUGUGAAUGGCUGGAUGGAUGAGGGAACGAAUGAAUGAAUGACUGAAUGCUCCUUGCUGGCGGUAUCCUUUGGUGUAAAAAAUCAACUGCCAGAUAUGAAAUAACAUGCUGCUAUUAAAGUAUCUCACGUGCCUGGAAAGACUCAACGAGAAAAUUGAAACCAAUUAAAGCUGAAAACGGGCAUACCGUCAUCACUUCGUAAGACAGAUUAUUGAUAAAUAUUUGAGCCCUUUUCACACACACACAAACGGAUACACCCUCACACAAAAGAGCCAUAGCUUUGACCCACUGCCAAUGUGAGAGGAAAUAUUUACAAAUGAUUUUCCUUGGGAUGACUUACCUCGUAACCAGACAAUGCUGUGAACAACGAGGGUAGCAAAGAAAUAUCCAUCAUUUGAAAUUCUAAUAAAAGAAUUGAUGCGCUACUAAAACGUGACCCCAAAAAUACUCAGGAAAAUCCGAAAAGCAAGUGAUGAUCCUAAUGAUAAAAUAAAAGAGAAUUGUCUGUAAAUUUUUAAAUAUUUCAUAUCAACGAACAACAACAAUGUCGAUGAGGAAAGUGGCAGGAUUGUAAAUUUUAUUACAAUAGAAAUAGCUGGUACACUACGCCAGACUGGAAUUUCUCGUAAGCCAACGAAAGGAUAACUCUUCGACAACCACCGUCCUGCAUUACUUUCUUUUGUUCUUUUACAUAACACCCAAAAAAACAAGACGAAAAGAAAAAAAGGAAACAAACAAAAACAAGACAUAUGAAAAGGUGUGAGAUAUUACAUACCAUCGCAUUUGGAAGUCUGAAGACGUAAAUAAAACGAACGAACAGAAACUCUACUUUCCUGCAUCCGCUGCUCGCCACUGUAUAGCGCUGCCAUGGUAUUUUCCUUUUCCCAAGAACUUUUGCUCUUGUAAACCGGAAAACUUCUGCAGCCUCUUGUUCGCCUUCAAUACAUCGGCACACGUUCAACAAGCGUUUUUUUUCUUCAUCUACUUCACGGCUUCAUUCUUUUAUUCUACGUUUGUCGGCAUAGCGCACCAAUUGUUCUGUGACACUUUUUGCUGGCACUUGCAAACGAAAUGACCUUUUCUUCCGCAUCCUAACUACAAGCAAGCAUCUGUGUGUGUGUGUUCAACAUCUGCAACUUUCAUAACUGGAGCCAUCGUCUGUCUGUUGGACUUAAAGUUUUGUUGUCGUCGCCUGAAUCAUCAUCAUCAACACCGCCAGCUCCACCACCACCAAUAACAUCGGCAUCAACCACUCGUCUACUUUGCCAUUAUCAACACUGCCCCUUGUCGCCUCCUGCUCCUGUAGCCGUUGUCGUCGUCGUCGUUGUUGCUAUCAUCGUCAUCCUCAUCCUGGAUAAAUUCGCAUAAACGACAGCAUCAUUACUAUCGCCGUCAUCAUGACACAUUGGCUGUUAAAUUUAUUGACGCUACUUAUGUAUGCGGCUUCUCUGGAGGGUGCUUCAAAGCGAUUUUUCACAGAUUUUUUACAAGAUCUGCCCACACCAGGCACCGGCGGACCAACAUUCGACACAACGGUACCAUCAAACAUAACCGGUCUGGUGGGAAAAACGGUCAAGCUGACAUGCCGUGUAAAAAAUCUAGGCAACAGAACGGUAUCAUGGGUGCGACAUCGUGACAUUCAUUUAUUGACGGUCGGUCGUUAUACCUAUACAUCAGAUCAGAGAUUUGAAGCUAUGCAUUCACCGCAUGCAGAAGAUUGGACACUGCGCAUACGUUAUGCCCAGCGCAAGGAUUCGGGUAUUUAUGAGUGUCAAAUAUCAACAACGCCGCCAAUUGGCCAUUCGGUCUAUCUCAAUAUUGUGGAACCUGUUACCGAAAUCAUAGGAGGACCAGAACUACACAUAAACAAGGGUUCCACAAUAAAUCUAACUUGUAUCGUUAAAUUUGCACCCGAGCCACCGCCCACUGUCACAUGGUCACAUAACCGACAGGUCAUAAAUUUUGAUUCACCACGUGGCGGUAUAUCAUUGGUAACGGAAAAAGGUGUUCUGACAACAAGUCGUUUGCUGGUGCAGAAAGCCAUACAACAAGAUUCUGGACUUUACACAUGUACACCGUCGAAUGCAAAUCCCACAUCUGUGCGGGUACAUAUCGUUGAUGGUGAACAUCCUGCGGCUAUGCAUCACGGCGAUGGCUCAAACCUAAAAGCCACACCGUUCACACUCCUGGUGAUAGGUUCAUUUAUUCUAUUAUGGCUACAACAGCAACAGAGCACUCUGCGCCAUCGUAUACGUUGGCGGCUGCUCACAGGGACCAUUAAACAUAACGCAACCGCGAAGGAUCACCCUGAGCACUCAGUGCAGAAUUGCCGACAAGAGCUGAUACUGCAGCGGCAAUCGCAUCUGGAAUGCCAGCGAUGUGAUUGUAUCGGUAUUUGUAAUGCUGUUAUUGAUACAAAAUUGCCCCGCAGCUGUGUAUUGUGGCAGCAUAGAACAAAUCUUCAAUUGCCAAAUACAUAACCAUUAAAUGGUUUUUAAAUUACAAAACAAACAAAAAAACAGCAACACAUACACCCACACCAAGCCAUAAUAUACAUCUAACCAUAAACUAAUUCAUACUAACAAAAAAGAA